AUUCUCAGAAAGUAGGCUAGUUAACGUCGCAUAAACUUAACUUAAAAUCUGCGUAAAAUACGCAGUCGAGUACAGGCUAAUUAACUCGCGGGGAUUCGGUAAAAGCAGAGGUCGCUGAUGUUUACAUUCUAAAAGGCGCUGUCGAGGUCUGGGAGGUGCUGAAAUCUACUCGAGCUCAGUUCCGCGUGAUUUCCCCCCUUUGACAGUGAUUGACAGGCGAAACCACGCAACCAAACUGCCAAGUCCAAUAGAAAAUCAGAAGCGGACGGCACGUCUUUUUUCCCUCCUCAAAACCAUCAUUCUUGUGCUACAAGCUCGUGCCCUCGAACUCUCGAGGAAGCCUCAGACCGUCCGAGCGACAGAUCUCUAUUUCUUUACAUCAUCUAACGUUCAUCAGCUGAUUCUGGAAUUGCCUUUUUGUCUGGAUUCGACUGUGGGAGAAAGAGAAGAGCCACAUAAAGCACGGAACUGUGCUUGAUGUAGAGAGGACUCCGAGGGGGAAACAGAAGCCUUCAUGUUUCAGUUGCCAAUUUUGAAUUUCAGUCCCCAGCAGGUAGCGGGGGUAUGCGAGACUUUGGAAGAAAGCGGAGACAUCGAGCGUCUCGGCCGAUUCCUGUGGUCGCUGCCCGUCGCACCCGCUGCCUGCGAGGUGCUCAACAGAAAUGAGUCUGUGCUGCGGGCUCGGGCUAUCGUAGCCUUCCACACUGGGAAUUUCCGCGAUCUUUACCACAUUCUGGAGAACCACAAGUUCACCAAAGAGUCCCAUUCCAAACUGCAAGCACUUUGGCUGGAGUCACACUACCAGGAGGCAGAGAAGCUACGAGGCCGCCCGCUAGGGCCAGUGGACAAAUAUCGGGUACGGAAGAAGUUCCCUCUGCCUAAAACAAUUUGGGAUGGAGAACAAAAGACGCACUGCUUUAAAGAAAGGACCCGGCAUUUACUUCGAGAAUGGUACCUCCAGGAUCCUUAUCCGAAUCCGAGUAAAAAGAGAGAGCUUGCACAAGCUACGGGACUCACUCCCACUCAAGUGGGGAAUUGGUUUAAAAAUCGAAGACAAAGGGACAGAGCCGCAGCCGCUAAAAACAGGUUCCAGCAGCAGGUGUUGUCUAAUGGCUCGGUUCGGUCCCUAACUGGAGAGGAUGGUGCUGUAGACCGACUGGGGAACGCGUCGAGUCCAGAAGCGAGCCUGUCGAGCAAAGCCGCUGCGUCGGCCAUCUCCAUCACUUCAAGUGACAGCGAAUGUGACAUCUAACAUCGCACCGAACCGGCCCGAGGGGCUAUACGGGAAGACUAUGAGAAAAUUAACACAUACGAAGGAAAUCGAGACAGACAAUCAGCAAGAUAAACAAGCACAUUAGUGCCUGCCUUAACGUAUCAAAGGUCGUGUUUUUAUUGCUUUUCAUUUUAUUUAUUCUUUUUUUUUUUUAAGGCUGUUACACCAGCCUGGAAUCUUGGGAUUCAUGGAAUGCUUUAUCAUUAAAAUGUAUUUAUCUUUUUGUGAGAGCAAAGUGGGGGCAAACGCGGAAAAAAAAUCUAUCUACUUUUGUAAUCAAUUGCCUCAAACAAAUAUGUGCCCCAACGGAAAUGAUAUUUAACACUUUUUGUUAAUUUUGAAAAGGACUUCAUGGUGAAACAUUUGACCUCCCGGGUUUUCUAAGGUGUUUACGCAUUAAAUUGUUGCACUUAUAGAA